AUGAGGAUCUUUGUCAAAGGCUUUGUGAAAAUCCAUGUAUUGAGUGUCAUCUCCAUUCAUCUGCCUGUUAACACUCUCAGUAAACUCUGCAAGAUAGGUGAGGCAGGUUUUACUUUGGUGAAUUCCAUGCUGAUUUUUUCCUUCAGCAAGCUUAAAUACAUUUUUCUCUUCUUAACAGAAGCAACAGAAAUUGUGUUGAAGGCUCAGAUUUUAGCUGGAGGAAGAGGCAAAGGUGUGUUCAGCAGCGGUUUGAAAGGAGGUGUACAUUUAACAAAAGACCCUAAAGAGGUAGGACAGCUUGCUAAACAGAUGAUUGGAUAUAAUCUUACAACGAAACAAACACCAAAAGGGGGUGUUAAAGUUAAGAAGGUUAUGGUGGCGGAAGCUCUAAACAUUUCCAGAGAAACAUAUUUUGCAAUAUUAAUGGAUCGAGCUUGCAAUGGACCUGUUCUUGUUGGGAGCCCACAAGGUGGGGUUGAUAUAGAAGAAGUAGCGGCUAAAACUCCAGAACUUAUUUUCAAGGAAGAAAUAGAUAUUUUUGAAGGAAUAAAAGAUACUCAAGCAGUACGGCUGGCAGAAAAUUUGGGAUUCAAGGGGCCUUUGCAGCAACAG